UCAGAGCCCGCCCCCCAGCGCCUAUCCUGACCAAUGGGAGCGCGCUGAGGAAGUGACGUGACUGUAUCCCUCCGCGGUGAGGCGCCGUGUUCCUCCGCUCGGCGCUCUUUGUGGCGCGCUGUGUGGCGGUGUGUGAGGGGCGGAGGGAUCCGGGCGGAGAGCGAGCACCGGAGGCCGGACCAGGAGCAGGUCUCUGACAAAUCGUUUGGGGAAAUUAUCGGAGCUGAACCGUGAAAAAGCAAGAUGGACACGGAUCUGUUUAUGGAGUGUGAGGAGGAGGAGCUGGAGCCAUGGCAGAAGAUCAGCGAUGUGAUAGAAGACUCGGUGGUCGAGGAUUAUGGCUACUUGGACAAGACCAGCACAGUGUCCCUCAACAUCCAGCCAGUCACAGCAGCCCUUCCUGUCGUCGCUCAAACGCUGGGCACCCAGUACACUACGGCCGCCACUGUGACCAACACCAUCACCCAGAACACAGAUAACACCAAGAAAACGUUGCUGACUUUGUUCGCCAACAACAGCGGUUCAACGCCAAUCGUGCAGUCCAACAGCCAGCCUCUCAUCCUGACCCAGAAUACCACACCUGGCAUUGGCACUAUGAUGACCCAGCCCAUGCUGCGACCCAUGCAAGUCAUGCAGAACGCCAACCACGCCACCAACAAUUCAGUGACGGCACAGCCCAUCUUCAUAACGGCACAGGGUUUUCCAGUCAGGAACGUCCGACCGGUGCAGAACACGGUAAACACAAUGAACCAGGUGGGGACAAUGAACCAGGUGGGGAUCGUCCUGAACGUUCAGCAGGGACAGACAGUCAGGCCCAUCACGAUCGUACCAGCCCCAGGAACUCAGUUCAUGAAACAAGGAAUGGGCGUCCCCCAGGUCUUCUCACAAAUGACCCAAGUCCGACCAGCAUCCACAGUCCAGCGUCCAGCUACCAACACUUAUACCACAGUCAUCCCGGCCACUCUGACAAUAAGGAGCCCGGUGUCUCAGUCUCAAACGCAGGUCAGCAAGACGAUCUCCAGCACAUCGACCACACUGGCGCCCAGCCAGCCCAUCCGUCAGAUCACAAUGCAGCAGCCGAUGCAGACGCUGACCAUCCCACAGAACCAGAAUAAUCCCAUCACCAAUCCUAAACUAGUGAGCAUUGCCAGCUUUGUGGCUGUGAAGAGCACCGGUGAGACCAACGACAUGGUAAAGUUCGUCAAUGCUAUGAGCGGCAGCCAGACCACCACCCAUAAUUCCACCCAGCUCAUCUUCUCCAGUACCGUGGGCAAAACCGGCACAAGCCCCAGCUUGGGCACAGUGCAGAAGGACAUCCAGAUCGAGCCCCUCGGGGUGACAGCAGCAUCCCCUUCUGUGACCCCGAUGAAAAGCUUGGAUAAUGUCAGAAGGAACUGCCCAAGAUGUCACACUUCCUUCCGCAUUGUGGAAGCCCUUCGAGGGCAUAUGUGUUACUGCUGCCCCGACCUCGUGGACUUCUCUAAAAAGGGCACCUUGGAAUCUCAGAUGGUUCCGCAAGGGACGAACUCCUCCACCCCAGACAAGCCUGCGACCGCCACAACUCCCGGCGGCAUGACCUCUCAAUCCGGCAAGACCCAGGAGAAUGCCGCGGAUGACCCCAUGCAGGGCAAGCUCAUCAUGCUGGUGGACGACUUCUACUACGGCCGGGACGUCGGUCAGACUUACCAGAUGCAAGGCAUGCCCAAAAUGGCCACGACCUUCCGCUGUCCACACUGCAACAAGAGACUAAAGAACAACAUCAGGUUCAUGAAUCACAUGAAGCACCACGUGGAGCUGGACCAGCAGAACGGAGAGGUGGAUGGGCACACCACGUGCCAGCACUGCUAUCGCCAGUUCUCAACGCCCUUCCAGCUGCAGUGCCAUCUGGAAAACGUGCACAGCUCCUAUGAGUCCACCACAAAGUGCAAGAUUUGUGAAUGGGCCUUUGACAGCGAACCCCUGUUCUUGCAACAUAUGAAGGACACUCACAAACCGGGGGAGAUGCCCUAUGUGUGCCAGGUUUGUUCAUACCGCUCCUCCAUCUACGCAGAGGUGGACACUCACUUCCGGCUUAACCACGAAGAUACUCGGUACCUCCUGUGCGUCUACUGUCUGAAGGUGUUCAAAAACGGCAACGCCUUCCAGCAGCACUUCAUGCGCCAUCAGAAGAAGAACGUCUACCACUGUAAUAAAUGUCGCCUUCAGUUCCUUUUCGCGAAAGACAAGAUCGAGCACAAGCUGCAGCAUCACAAAACCUUCCGCAAACCGCGUCAGUUGGAGGGGCUGAAGCCCGGGACGAAGGUGACCAUCCGAGCCUCUCGAGGACCCCCCAAGUCCAGUUCUCUGACCGCCGCAGACACCCCAAUGAUGUUGCCACCGGAAGAUAUGACGCCCAAGUCUGUUCGUCAUCCUGUGGACAGACUCGACCCCUUGCCAAUUAUAGCAUUCCCCAGCCUGGUGGAGGAGAAGCAAACUUGUCUGGAAUGCAACUUCGAGAUCCCCGACUUCCAUAACCAUUUCCCCACAUACGUACACUGUUCUCUCUGCCGAUAUGGCACCUGCUGCUCCCGCGCCUACGCCAAUCACAUGAUCAACAACCACGUUCCCCGGAAAAGUCCGAGAUACGGUUCGUUGUUUAAAAGCUGCAAACCCAGUCAUGAUCUGGUGAUGACAUGCUCAUCCUGCCCCUUCGUAACACGAAUUGGCGACGCCAUGGCCAAGCAUCUGGUUUUCAACCCCUCACAUGGUUACAUCACUGUCAUGUGUACAAAUUCUACCUCACCAGACUUGUCAUGGGUCAUGGAACCUCUCGAACAGAACAGGGAUGCCGCCAGUCCUCCAGACGAGGAUAAAGGUGAACAGGAGCCCGACGUGUCGACAGCCUUGGAAAACGAGAAGCCGGCGGAUGUGGAUGAGCUCGACGAGCUUGAUGAGCUGGAGGAUGGAAACCUGGAUUUCGACGAACAGGAGCAGCUGAGCCUCAAGAAGCUCCGCGUGGUGCUGUUUGCUCUGUGCAGUAGCAUCCAAAAAGCUGCCGAGCAUUUCCACUAUUUGCCGACCCGCAUCCGUUGGUGGCUGCAGAGGUUCCAGGCAGACCAGGAGGAGAAACUGGACACCUCAUCUGAGGGGAGGUACUUGAGCACCGAGGCCGAGGACAAGCUCGCAGAGUGGGUUCUUCUACAGCGAGAGCAACAGCAGCCGGUCAACGAGGAGACUCUCUUUCAGAAGGCCACCAAGAUUGGUCGCUCUCUUGAAGGAGGCUUCAAAAUCUCCUACGAGUGGGCAGUGGGGUUUAUGCUACGGCACAACCUCAGCACGCACUCCAAAGCUGCUGUGGCCAACCGGCUGCCCCAAGAACUGGAGGAAAAUGCCCAGACUUUUAUCGGCUUUGUACAGCGGCAGAUCCACAACCAGGACCUCCCGUUGUCCAUGAUUGCUGCUGUAGAUGAAAUCUCACUCUUUCUCGAUCUGGACCUGCUUGGCGCCGAAGGCAGGAAAGAAUACGCUCUGCAGACAGUGGGCGCUGCUGAGCCUUGGUGUGACAUCGUUCUGACCAUCUUGGCCGACGGCAGCCUACUGCCUACGUUGGUGUGCCUUCGGGGCAGCUCGACGUGCGUAGUUGAUGUUCCUGACUCAAUCAUAUUUGAAGCUAGAGAAGACGGCUUGACAGAAGAUGAGGUUAUGGAACUGUGGUCAUCUCGGAUUUGGCAGAAACAUGUGGACCUUCCGAACAACAAAGGCAUGGCAGUAGUAGACUGUCACAGGUCACACAUGUCUGAUGAGGUGUUGGCCCUCCUGAGCUCCACCUGCACGCUGCCCGCCGUGGUGCCGGCCGGUUGCAGUUCUAAGAUACAACCGAUCGAUGUGUGCAUCAAACGAACCAUCACCAACUUCCUGCACAAGAAGUGGAGAGAACGGGCUCGAGUCAAAACCAACUGCAGCCCGGAGACUGUGCUCCGACUGGUCAUCAGCUGGAUGAUGGAGGCCCUGGGCGUCAUCGGCGACCACCCAGAACUGGUCCAGCAGUCGUUCCUCGUGGCCAGCGUCCUGCCAGGGAAUGGCGGCGCCAACAACUCAAGCAAACGCAACACCAAGAUGCAGGAAGAACUCAUCAACCUCCUCGAGGAUGAGCUCAGGCUGAACAAAGACAACGGCGACGACACCGAUAGCGGCAGUGACAGCCAACCCGAGGAGUACCUGGCCACGGGGGUCCUUCAGCAUCUGUUCGAGGAAGAGAGCGACACGCAGUCAUUCUACGGUUUCGACGACCCAGACCUAUAAACCCACCCCACUUUCCGUAAAAAGUUUGUAUCAGGCUUAACAUUCCACCUUCGAUAAGGUUCAGGAACUUGGAUACUGUUUAUUGUAGCAUCCCGAUUUUUAAGUUUUAACCUUCUCCUGGACCUGUACAGCGAGCCGCUACCUCCCCCUCCCCCCCCUCACCUUGUACAUCGAGAUCAACUGGACUUGACUUUGUUUUAAAUGAACCAGACCAACCAAAUUGACUGACUUAUCCAGUCUUCACCCUGGAUUGCAGAUUGGAUUGUGAUCGACCUGGACUUUGGUGAAGGGCCUACGGGUUACGCUCGAAGACUGUAUU